AUGAAGGUUGGCCAGGAUUGUAACGAACUCCACAAGGCACUGAAAUAUAACAAGCUGAAGGAGUUCGUACGUCUGCUGAUACAUCGCAACAAGGACCAGAGACAAGACUUGCAGAAAACCUACCAACAGAAAUUUGAGCAGGACCUGAAGCAAGAGGUGAAAUCGCAUUUCUCCGGCUCGGCAAGGGACGCCAUUAUUGGCCUGCUGAUGUCAUCCGUGGAGUACGAUGCGUUUUGGUUACACAAUUCGAUGUCAGGGGGCGCCACGCACGAGGCAACCCUCAUCGAGAUUCUAGCUACUAGAGACAUGCAGGCAUUAAGGGACAUCAAGGAAAACUACCGCUGGGAGUACAACAGCGAUUUGGAGGGAGACAUUGCGAAGCAACGAAAGGGAACGUGCAGUGUCUAA